CUACGGUUAUUUGCUGCUGCUCCCAGCAACUAUACUACUGUACUGAAAGUAACUUUGUUCAGUGCUGGUAUUAGGUGUACAGUGUGGGGGUCUUACACUACCGCUCUCUCAAUAAUUGUAACCCAAACCAUGUCUGGAUUUACAAAAGAACAAUUAAAAAAUGAACUAAUAUCCCAUGGAGUGGCUUUACCGUCACCAAAUGCAAAAAAACUGGAAUACAGACGACUAUAUGAAAAAUAUGUUGCUCCAGUUGAGCAAUAUAAAGGGGAUUUUUCUUCAGACGACGAAGAUUUACCCAUUAACGACAUAAAAGUUCAGGAGGACUAUGCAGAAUUUUCUGAUGGACAUUCACCGAUUCUAAACUCUGCACUGCUGGGAAACCUGAUCUGCCCAAGAGGAAAUUACGAAGCAUCAUCAGAAACAAGUAUGAUUAUAGAUGGCCUUGACAUCUCCAGGCUUGAUGAUGAUGAACUUUACUCAAGACUCAAAGACCUUGGAGCAGAAGUUGGACCAAUUGUUGAUUCUACACGGAAAGUUUACGAAAAGAAGUUGUUCGUCAUGAUGGGGGGUGAUAUGGUAGAAUCUUUCACAUAUAAUGGGGAUGUUGAUGAUGAAUACUCUGGCAGUGAAGAAGAGGUGGUGGUAGAAAAGCCAACAAUAUCACGCUCUUCUUUCAUGAGUGAAUCAACAAGAUUUACUACAACUUCCUCCUCCCCUUCAAAACACACAGACUUACGUAAACGUAUUAUGUCACCAGCAAGUGAAACCAAGAGCAGUGAUGUAUAUGACCCUGAACGACACACCCCAUCUCCGCGUCCAUCUCUCCGCACUGUUACUUCUACUUCUUCAGAGACUUACACUGUCAGAAAAUUUGUCAAUAAUGGCAGAAGUCUGUUUUACAGUGGUUAUGCUAGUGAAGGAACUGCAACAAAAUCUGCAGGAGAUAAAACAAGUAGCAGCCCCCUGUGUAAAACAUCAGCAUUGGUGCGCAUACUUGUUAAAUUGCUCUUCCUUGCACUCAUCAUCGCAAUUGGUCUCUACAUUUAUCAGAAUGACACCAGUGAGUCUCCCUUCAAAGCUGUGGAGCAGCUAGCCCGUCAAGCUCUUGAAGCAGCCGUAGGUGAAGAAGCAGCAAUAGUUCCACCUGUGGAAACGACAGCUGAAUCAGCUGACCCUUCAAGAGAGGAAGGUUUUCCUCCUGCUGCCAAGUGAACUUGUAAAUAAAUGCAUACCUGCUGUAGUCUAGGUCCCAAUUAUACAAUAAUGUAUCUGUAGUGUUUGUCCAAGCUAAUCCUUCCAUGCCUGCUGUUAAUAUUGCAGGAAUAAAUCUCUCUCUCUCUCUGUCUCUCUCUCUCUCUCUGUCUCUCUCUCUCUGUCUCUCUCUCUCUGUCUCUCUGUCUCUCUCUC